GUAUUUUUGUAUUCUUAAUAUUGCUCCUCCCCACGAAGUCAAUGUAACCCAUAGCAAAAUAGAAAAAUAGAAAAAUGAAGAAAUAUCGGCCUCCAAUUCUCCAAAUUAAAUUCUUAUAAAGAGGGUAGAAAGAAGGGAAAAUACUCGGCAAAACCAGAGAUAGUAACUGGCUAUGGCUUUUCAAGCUCCAUUUUUGGCAAUUAGCCUCUUGAUCUUCUUGGCCAAUUUUUUGGCGACGACUGAGUUUUCUGUGGCUGCAAAAGUGCCAAGCCGUACUAUUUCUACUCCAUUUAAUCGUACCAUAUUUCCAUCUGAUUUUCUUUUUGGAGCUUCCACUUCUACCUAUCAGUAUGAAGGUGCAUGGAAUGAAGAUGGCAAAGGGCCAAGUAUUUGGGAUACUUUCGCCCACACUUAUCCAGAAAAAAUAUUGGACCGUAGCAAUGGAGACAUAGCUCUGGACUUUUAUCACCGUUACAAGGAGGACGUCAAACUAGCAAAAUUCGAAGGACUGGACGCUUUCAGGUUUUCUAUUGCAUGGACAAGAAUUUUACCACAGGGGAAGCUGAGUAAAGGAGUAAAUCAAGCUGGUAUUGCCCACUACAACAAUCUCAUAAAUGAGAUAAUAGCCCUUGGUAUCAAACCUCUGGUGACACUUUUUCAUUGGGAUCUUCCUCAAGCACUUGAAGAUGAAUACCUUGGCUUUCUAAGCCCUAAAAUCUUGGAUGAUUACCUAGAUUUCGUGGAGAUUUGUUUCAAACAUUUUGGAGACAGAGUGAAGCUAUGGGCAACCAUGAAUGAGCCAUGGAUAUUUGCAUCAACAGGUUAUGAUUCCGGUUCUUUGGCACCUGGCCGGUGUUCUGCCUGGAGAAACAACAACUGCUCCGCCGGAAACUCCGCCACUGAGCCUUAUAUAGUCGGACACAAUAUGCUUCUUGCUCAUGGAGCUGCUGCCAAACUAUACAGACAAAAAUACAAGCCGAUUCAAAAGGGCGAAAUAGGAAUUGUAUUGGUGUCACAUUGGUUCGAGCCUUUCUCCAACAAACCAGAGGAUAAGAGAGCAUCUAAAAGAGCUCUUGAUUUUAUGCUUGGAUGGUUUUUGCACCCAUUGACUUAUGGAGAUUAUCCAAGAACUAUGAGGAAACUCGUUGGCAAGCGAUUACCAAAGUUUACCCCAAAAGAAUCUAAAUUGGUGAAAGACUCCUUUGAUUUCAUAGGAAUGAAUUAUUACACCUCAAAUUUUGCGGCUCAUCUUUCUAUCCCACCAAAUACUGUGAAUAUCAGCUCCGGAACUGAUAAUCAAGUCAAUCAAACGACUUCGCGAAACGGAAAGUUGAUUGGUGAUCCAACUGGUGUCAGUAUUUUCUAUGUUGCUCCAAGGGGACUUUAUAAGCUUCUCGUUUACACUAAGAAAUAUUACAAGAAUCCAACUGUUUACGUCACAGAGUGCGGAAUGGGUGAGUCCGAUAUUGAUGAUGUUGCAAAAGGUAUCAACGAUGCUCAGAGGGUUGAUUUCUACCAACGCCAUAUUAAGGCUCUUUAUAGUUCUUUUAGGGACGGAGUAAAUGUUAAGGGCUUUUUUGCAUGGUCAUUUUUCGACAACUUUGAAUGGGGGUCAGGAUACACGCAGAGGUUCGGCAUCAAUUUCAUAGAUUACAAGGAUAAUCUUAAAAGAUACCCCAAGCGUUCUGCUCUUUGGAUGAAGAGAUUCCUUCUCAAAUAAAGUUAUCAUGCAUGAUCGUGUCUCUUUUAUGGUAUAAUUCAUUAUCUGUUUGUUAUAAUUUAUGAAAGUGGGUGCUCUCUCAUAAUUAAAGGAGAAAUAAAGUUGUAACAAUAGAAUGCCUGUGUAACUUAUGGGAAAGACGGAGAACUUAUAGCUUCCACUUUUCGAAGGGGUUGUAAAACUUUCAAGUUUAAAUUAGAUGAAGGAAAACCUGUUGCUGAUA